ACAUGUAUUUAUGAUAGAUCUACAGGGAACUCAAAGGUUUUAUUUGCACAUUCCUUUGCUAUCAGGUACUUAAGAUUUUACAUUUAUUGUUGAAGGGAGGAGCUGCGUAUUGCUCACUAUAUUAAGCCACACAUGUAGCAGUGACCAUCUUUACUUAUCAUACCAGAGUCUGUGUCAUUUGCCAUCCAGCCUGAAUCAACCAUGUCCAGUUACAGCCAAGUCACAUACAAAAGACUGGGCUCUGUUGACAGAGUAUCUCCAUCCUUUUCAGGUGGAAACUAUGGCAAAGUAGCUGUAUCUAGAUAUGCUGGCAGUGUCUAUGGUGGGGCUGGUGGUUUUGGUACCAAGAUUUCAAGCAGUAGCUUUGGUGGCAAUAGCUUUGGUGGCAGUAGCUAUGGUGGGUCUGGGGGCUAUAACCUGCAGAUUUCUACCAAUAGUGAUGUUCUGCUCAAUGGUAAUGAGAGGGAGACUAUGCAGAACUUGAAUGACCGCCUGGCAACAUACUUGGAGAAGGUUCGCUCGCUGGAAAAUGCAAAUUCUGUCUUAGAGGUACAGAUCAGGGAGUGGUACACCAAGAACUCUGGAACUGUGGAACGAGACUACAACAACUACUACCAAAUAAUUGAAGAUUUGAGAAAUAAGAUCCUUGCUGCUACAUUGGACAAUGCUAGAGUACUGCUCCAGAUAGACAAUGCCAGACUGGCAGCAGACGACUUCAGACUAAAGUAUGAAAAUGAACAGGCUCUCAGAGUCAGCGUUGAAAAAGACAUUUAUGGUCUGCGUAAAGUCAUUGAUGACCUCAGCCUCACACGAACAGAUAUUGAGCUUCAAAUUGAAGCCUUGCAGGAAGAGCUUGCUUAUCUCAAGAAGAAUCAUGAAGAGGAAGUUGGUGUGCUUCGCAGGCAAGUAGGUGGCUCAGUAAACGUGGAGGUGGAUGCUGCGCCUCCAGUAGACCUUGCCAAAGUCUUAGCUGACAUGAGAGUCCAAUGUGAAGCCAUGGUAGAGAAAGCCAGAGAGGAAACUAAGCAACAAUUUGAAAAAGAGAUACUAGAUGUAAAUGUGGUUAUUACUACAAAUACAAAGGAGAUAGAGACAGGCAGGACCACAAUUGUUGAACUUCAACGCAGUAUCCAAGGGCUGGAGAUAGAGCUACAAGCAGAGCUGAGCAAGAAAAAUGGAUUGAGUGCUACCCUUGAUAACAUCAAUGCCCAGUAUGCUGCACAGCUAUCACAGAUACAGUCAAGGAUUGCAAACCUUGAAACUCAGCUGGUUGAAAUACGAUCUGACAUGUCACGCCACUCUCAGGAUUAUGAGCUACUCUUGAACAUCAAAAUCCGCCUGGAAGAAGAGAUUGCCACUUACCGUCGUCUUCUGGAAGGAGAAGAUAUAAACUUUGCUGAACUAGAAGAAAAACUGAGAGAACAAAGCAGAAGCCGUAAGAUAAAGACAAUUGUAGAAGAGAUGGUUGAUGGUAAAGUAGUGUCUUCUCAAGUUAAAGAAGUAGAAGAAAAGCUGUAGGAAGACACAUGCGUUGCCUGGAUAUAAAUACAGAAAACACAAUAUAAACACUGAAUAAAAAUCUUUAAUUGCA